AUGAAUGUGCCAAGUAGAGUCAAGGUCUUUGCGUGGAGGGCUCGUAGGAAUGGACUACCAACUUUGCUAAACCUUAAAACAGGCAAGGUUGUUGAGGAAGCUAUCUGUGAGUGGUGUAAUGAGGAUGAUGAAGAUAUCAAUCAUGCUCUACUAAAUUGUAAAACUGUCAGAGAGAUACAAUAUAGGGGUAACAAUGGCGACUUGGAGAAGUUGUUUUUGAUAGCAUGGGGUAUGUGGUAUAGAAGAAACCAGAGACUACAAGCAGACGUGGUUCUUACUUCUAGACAGGCAACUGAGAAUGCUCUGAUCACCUAUAAAUCUCACUUGCAAAUCCAAGAACCUCAUGGUGGAAAGACAGUGUGUCGAUGGUUGCCUCCUGAACAAGGGAUGCUAAAACUUAAUGUGGAUGGGGCAGUGUUUGCAAACCAACGAAGGGCGAGGGUGGGAGUUAUCCUACGAGAUGACAAAGGUGGUGUAAUCCUCUUAGCUUGUAAGAAGGAAAAUGAGAUUAAUGACCCUCUUGAGAUCGAGCUGCUUGCAAUCUUGAGAGGUCUCCAGAUUUGUCUUCCUCUUGGGAUACCACAACUUGUUAUUGAGAGUGACUAUUUGCUUCUGGUAGAUGAAAUACGAAAUGACAAAGCUUCAAGAUCACUUCAUGAAAAUCUUGUGACAUAG